UUGUUCUUUGUUUUUAGGGUUUAUCCGGCCAUGGCGAGCCUGUGCGUUCCAGGCGCUGGCGCUGUCGCCGCCGCGGUCCCACAGGCCAGAUCUUUGGCUCGCGACGCCGCAUUCAGCAAGAAGGUUUGCAGUAGAUCACGGAUUCACGCGAGGAUCUUGAGUGGGAAAUUUGAUGCUCGUCGCGUCGUCAUGGCCGCUGUUCCUGACGUCGUUCCUCCGCCAAUAGAAAAUGAUUUGGAGGAUGUUUUGCUCGAAACCGGUGCACAGAUCUCCGACAAUGGCAUCGUCCAGACGUUUGGAAACGAUGAGGAAGCAUUGAAAGCGGCCGAUUCCGGAUGUGCUGUGAUAGAGAUGUCUCACUUUGGAAGACUCCGGGUCACUGGUGACGACCGGUUGCGGUUUCUGCACAACCAGAGUACUGCUGAUUUUCUGCCGCUUAAGGACGGGGAGGGGUGCGAUACAGUUUUUGUGACGAACACCGCAAGAACAAUCGAUCUAGCAACCGCAUGGGCGAUGAAUACGGCUGUGAUUCUUCUCGUUUCUCCAGAGACUCGGCACGAUCUUAUCAAACUGCUCAAUAAGUACAUUUUCUUUUCGGACAAAGUGGAAGUGGAUGAUAUCACAGAGAAGACCUCCUAUUUUUCAAUCGUAGGCCCCCAAAGCGAUAAUGUUAUGCGGCAGCUAAAGUUGGAGUCUUUGAUCGAUAAGCCAUACGGAACUCAUGUACACUACACCGCGAAUGGGGCACCUGUAACCGUGGGAGUCGGCUCUGGACUGUGCACGAAAGGCUACUCUUUCCUCGUGUCCACUGCCGCCGCGGGUCCUGUGUGGACCUCGAUAUUAAAAUGCGGUGCUUUGCCAAUGGGAUCUUCGGCCUGGGAACGCUUGCGAAUCUUGCAAGGCAGGCCAGUUCCUGGCAAGGAGCUUACCGACGAGUUCAACGUCCUGGAAGCUGGACUCUGGAGGACAAUCUCGCAAACCAAAGGUUGCUACAUCGGGCAGGAAACAGUGGCGAGACUAAUCACAUACAACGGUGUCAAGCAACACUUGCACGGUGUAAAACUCACCGGAGCUGUGGAACCAGGAACGAUCCUGACGACAAGAGAUGGUGUCAAGGCCGGGAAGCUGACGAGCUGCACGAGAGAAGCUCCAUAUUUUGGACUGUGCUACAUUAGAAAACAAUGCGGCGGUCCCGGGCUGGAGAUUAAAAUCGGCGAUGGAUCAGUGACAGGAAUCCUUGUCCAAGUUCCAGGCUUGGCUCGAGAGCUAUCAUCUGGAUCACGAACGGUGACUUAGUUUUUGCGCCUUAUCACAUGGCCCCCCACGUUGUGAAUUGGAAUACUGGUUUUCAAACGGGUCGGAUAUGUAUCA